AUGUCUUUUGAAAAACAUAGUACGCACUUGGACAGAGAGUCUCAGUUUUCUUCAUUGAGAAAAAUUAAUAUUGAAAAUAAUAGACUAAGUAGACCACAAUCAAAUAAUUCAUCACGAUGUAGCAUAGAAAAUUAUCUUUCAAAUCAAAACAACAUCAGCUCCUUUAAUGAUAAUUCUAAUGCUUCAAAUAAGAAAAAAACAGAUACAUUAGAACCGUUUAAUGAUAAACUUAGUUUUUGGAUUUUAUAUUGCUAUAUAGUCACAUUUUGGGCAAUAAGUCCACUUUUAAAGUUGUGUGGAAUUGAUAAGAAGGAACAACAAAAGUUAUGGAGAGAAAAAAUUGGUUUACUAGUUAUCAUAUUUGUUUUAGGUACUUUUGUCUCAUAUUUGACACUGGGACUAGUGAAAACCACUUGUUCCUUCCAAAACUUAAAACUUAAUGUAAACAAUUUGGGAUUAUCAUACAUUGCAAUCCAUGGUAGAGCAUUUAAAUACAAACCUACCUACAUGUCAAUCAAUAAUGAUAAAAUUAUUAUAGAUUUAGAAGAGAGAUCUUUAAUUGGACCUGCAUCUUUCGGUGGUAUGGAUUUUUCUUUUGAAUAUCAAAAUAUUAACGGUCAUUGUGCCAAUCUGAUAACAUCACGGAACAAAAAUACUGAAAGUGAUGAGAGCAUUUUAAAUUUUCCAUUGACUUAUUUCCCAUGUAAUCCCUAUGAUCAUAGUAAUUUAAUUAUUGAGGAAGAAAACUGCCAUUUAGAUGACUUACAAAAAUCUAAAUUGUUUGAAUUAUUUCCCUACUCUUCAGUAAUAGUUUACACAUGGGAACAAUUAAAAAACAAAACAAACCAAAGAUUGGUUGUAUAUAACGGUAAUGUGAUGGAUUUAGCUCUAUUAAAAUUUUUUCAAAAAGAUAAAUUCGAAUAUCCUCCUGUUAUUCAAGAGCUAGCAAAUUCAGAUUUAUUCAACGGUUAUGAUAUUUCCUUACUAUUCACAUCUACACGAGAUAAACAGAUUGCUAGAUGCUUAGUUAAUUUAAUAAAAGUUGGAGAAAUAGAUUCUGACACUAUUGGAUGUUUAAUGUCGACGGUUAUUUUAUAUUUAUCGUUAACUCUUAUCUUAUCGAUUGUUAUAUUCAAAUUUAUUACUGCUUGCUAUUUUCGUUGGUUUGUUAGUAAGAAACAAGGUGCUUUCCAAUUAGAUAAUAAAUCAUUUAUUGCAUAUAUUAAUAAAAUUGAAGAAUGGUCCACGAAUAUGACAGCCCAAGCUCCUUUGAAAAAAGUUGAUCCACAUUUACGGCCCAAACAACCAAAAGAAAAGCAGUAUGCUAAUUUUAAAAGAAAAUCAAGUAUUACAAAUAGCUUUUUGAAAAGAUCUUCACAAUUUUACACUUCAAAUUCUACUCCAUCUUUCCCCAAUUUACCAAAAAUCGAAGAAUUUAUGCUGAUUGAUAAAUUUAAUGGGUUGACAACUAUGCCAAUUCAAACAAUCUUUCAAAAAUUUAGAUCAGUACAUCAAAAAAAUGAUGGUUUUAAUAAAACCACUACUACAUUUACCGAUUUUGCAAGUCCACAAAGAAUAUACGACUCACCUAAAAUAUUAUCAAGAUCCAUAGUCCACGAAAAUGUUGUAGAACAACCUCCUAUUACAUACAUGCCGGAUAAUUUUCCACUAAUUCAUAUAAUAUGUUUCGUAACCUGUUAUUCAGAAGAUGAAGACGGAAUUAGAGUUACACUGGACUCCAUAUCUACAUCUGACUAUCCAAAUUCACAUAAGUUACUUUUCAUUGUUUGUGAUGGACUGAUUAAAGGUUCCGGAAGUAAUAUGUACACCUCAGAUAUUAUAUUGAGUAUGAUGAAUGAUUAUGUAAGAUUACCAGAAAGUGUUGAGGCAUCUUCCUAUAUAUCCAUUGCCUCAGGUUCAAAACAACAUAAUAUGGGGAAAGUAUAUGCAGGUUUUUAUAAUUAUAAUGAUUUGACAGUUCCUAGAGAGAAGCAGCAACGUGUCCCAAUAAUAUUAGUUGUCAAAUGUGGAACACCUUUGGAACAAUUGGGCUCCAAAGCAGGAAAUCGUGGGAAAAGGGACUCUCAAGUUAUUCUAAUGUCCUUUUUAAAAAAGAUUCUUUUAAAUGAUAGAAUGACUGAUUUAGAAUAUAUGCUAUUAAAGAACAUAUGGCAAUUAACAGGGUUAAUGGCAGAUCAGUAUGAGGCUGUAUUGAUGGUAGAUGCCGAUACAAAAAUCUUUCCUGAUUCCUUAACUCAUAUGGCUGCUCAACUAGUUAAAGACCCUUUGAUUAUGGGUCUCUGUGGUGAAACUAAAAUUGCAAACAAAACAGAAUCUUGGGUUACUGCUAUUCAAGUGUUUGAAUAUUAUAUAUCUCACCAUCAAAUAAAGGCAUUUGAAUCUGUUUUUGGUUCUGUAACUUGUCUACCAGGAUGUUUUUCAAUAUAUAGGAUUAAAUCGCCAAAAGGUAAUAAUGGAAAAUGGGUACCUAUAUUAGUUAAUCCAGAAAUUGUGGAAAGAUAUUCAGAUAAUGAUACGAGAAGCUUGCAUAAAAAGAAUUUAUUACUGCUAGGAGAGGAUCGGUACUUAUCAUCAUUAAUGUUAAAGACAUUUCCCAAAAGGAAACAAAUUUUUGUCAAUAAAGCUGCCUGUAAAACAAUUGUACCAUCUGAAUUCGGAAUACUUUUGUCACAAAGAAGAAGAUGGAUCAAUUCUACAAUACAUAAUUUGUUUGAGCUAGUUCUAGUUCAGAACUUAUGUGGGACUUUUUUUUUCUCAAUGCAAUUUGUUGUGAUCAUUGAAUUAAUCGGUACCUUAGUAUUACCCCUGGCUAUUUGUCUUACAGGGUAUUUAAUCUUCUUUUCUAUUUUUUCCUCACCAACACCAGUGUUAGCAUUAGUACUUCUAGCCGUUAUUUUGGGAUUACCUGGUAUUUUGGUAGUUGUUACUUCUACAAAGUGGAUUUAUAUUAUUUGGAUGUUAAUAUAUUUGUUAGCUCUUCCAAUAUGGAAUUUAGUUUUACCUUCAUAUGCCUAUUGGAAAUUUGAUGACUUUUCAUGGGGGAAAACAAGAGCUAUUGCAGAAAAUAAUUUGGAUCCAAAGAGCAAAGAAAUAGAUGACAUGAUUACUCCACAGCUAAGAUUAAGACGUUGGGAGGACUUUGAGAAAAAUUUAGUAGAAGUUGAUAAUGUAUAA